UAAACACUUUCUUUUGUGGGGGGGAAAAGGCAUUUUUAUACACCAUGCUUAAUUUUAUUUAGAUUUAAUAGCGAUAUCAGGGGCACUUCAAAGAAAGUCCUUUUUUUUUCCCCUCCCUUUCUCCUAAGAAUGUUGGUCAGUUAGCAAAAUUGCCUCUUGCUAUUUCAUGGCAAGGAAAAUUAAAGGCCCUCUCCCCCUUCCUUCCCGACACACACUUUAGGGAGGAAAAUACACAAACGCAGGCAUACAGAAUAAACACCUCCUCUACUCUCCAAUCACCUCUAACUCCCAACUUCUAAUUGCAAGAUAGAUUUCAGCCUCAGUGGGGAUCAGGAAGAUCUAAACAUUUUAACUAAGAUUAUUGGAAUAAAUAUUUCAUAAAGAGCGGGGCAGAUAUUAAAUUACUCCUAUUGAUUUUAGUAUCACAACCCAAUUCCGUUCCUUGGCCUCUUCAGUUUAAUUGAUCUCUUAAGGAGGUCAACCUCGCACUCAGAGAGGGCCUGGGCCUUGGCCCGGGCGCCCGGACGGUGUAGGGUGCUGAGGCCGUCCAGUGCGUCCUCUGCGCGCGGGUCUUCCCUCGGCUCCGAGCUGCUUCGUCGCUCUGGCGCUGGGCUCAGUCGAUGUGCCCCCCAUAAAGUGACCGAGCGGUUACGGAUCCUCCGGGCGGAAGCCGACGACAGAGAACUGGGAACCCCAGGCACUGCGGUUAGGGAACAAUUGUGCGCGCCCUAGUGAGGGAGGAGCGAGCAAGCGUCCGGGUCUCUCGAGGAGAACCCUAACUUUGGGGUUCCUCGCCUGCUUUCACCUCCAGGAAAAUCCGAAGGCCGGCUAACUUGGGCGCCACUAGUAAGCAGACAGCGGUGGAAAGACGAGGAUUCGCCCUAGGGCUGAAGCGCGGACGACACUUAGCGACUUUCCGUGGCAAGUCCGGGAGCUUUGCCAGGCGACCCCAUUGUCUGAGCGCCCCGCACCGCUUACAGCCCACCUCCCCGCCCCCUGCCCAACCCGCAGGUCUCGCUUCAGUUGGGGGUGGGGAGUUGGUAACUGUGAGUGGGAAGGGGGGUGAACAAAGCCAGGCUCCCGCCAUUCUCUUCCUGCGCCUUCUCCAGCCCUGUGCGUUGGGAGGCCAGGGCGCUCCCCCCAGCGCACUGUCGCCGGACUCGGAGGCGAGACCCGCACGAAGGACCCGGGACUUGGCGAAGUGCGGGUUCGUGGCGGGGGCCUCAGCAGCCAGCACCCAGGACCACCUUAAGAGCGAGCCCCGCCCCGGACCCGGAGCUCAGGCUGCGCUGAUUGGUGCAAAUGUAAUGGCUGAAAUUGAUUGCUGAAAUGCAAAACUUGUUGCUGCUUCUCCCGGCGCUGGGCGAGAAGCAGACACAGAGAGGGGAGCUGAGACCCUCGGAACGCCCCACGCAGAGCCCCCCCACCAGCCAGGAGAGGGUUGCGCGGACCCCCCCAGAGCUGCCCCCGCCCCCCCAUUACGGGCUCCGAGUGCUCAGCCGGAACGCCUUAGCCUGCUCGCCCAGCGUGGCCCCCCAACCCGCGUACGCCCCCCUCCCAGGGUCCAAGGGGGACUCGCGAAGCACCUCCGCGCUGAGGCAGGGAACCCGAGCGUUGGAGCGACCGAACCGCUCGUCUCGCUGCCUGUCUGCGCCUGGACCCGGGGGCCGAGACCCCAGCGAACUCAGAGACUGAACAGCGGAGGACAGAAGCGGCAGGCGGCGGACGUGGCGGAGAAGCGGCGCGUGGGGGUGCGGUGCGCCGGGGUGCAGCGCACCGGCCGCGGAGCAGGGAAGCCUUGCCUUCCUCCAAACCUCGGCUCCAACCCCCGGCAUCUGCCACCUCCCCAGUCCCGCUGCGCCCUCGGCUCGGGAGCCAGCACCGGUGAUGCCGAGAGGAUCCUCCAGUCCUGCGACCCGCUGAAGAAACCAUAGCAGCUUGCUCGGGGCUUACGGGGACCGUGCGAGCGGAUCGCGUUUGGCGGAGGCUCGGGCUGCGGAGCGCGGGGACUCAGGGGGGAGGGGGGAGGGACCGCUCUGUCCAUGCCCGGGCGCCAACCACGGCUUUGAAGGGUCUCCCUGCCCAGCCCUUUAGCAGCUCCUCCACGGACUCAGGGAAGCUUCGGGCGGCGUCCUGGGGCUCCCCACCCAACCCGAUCGGACUUAAGAAGGUGAUUGCUCUGCUCUCCCUCCCUUCUUCCCGCCUCCUUCCCCCCACUUAACUUUUUGUCUCCACUCGCCUGCAGCUCCGUCCCCUCCCUUCAUACCCGUCCGCGGCUGUGCCAACCGCCCGGGGCAUGGGCCCCCCAACACCGCUCCAGGAGGCCCCGCGGCGCCACAAGAUGUGAGAGGCCCGCGUGGGGCAGACCCAGAGCUUGGGAAGAGGAGCUGAUAGCCCCCAGCUUCCACAGGCCAGGCGAGGUGGCAGUGCGCGCUGCGCCCCCGCGGUGCUGACCGUCGCGGAGCGCCGGACCCAGGGCCGGAACGAGUAGCUGGCCGGAGGCGCGCCGCGGAGAACAGGCUGUCAUGCCCUAUUGAUCUUCGUGCCCCCCGCCAAGUAUGUUUGGGCUGGACCAAUUCGAGCCCCAGAUCAACAGCAGGAACGCUGGCCAGGGCGAGAGGAACUUUAACGAGGCCGGACUAAGCAUGAACACCCACUUUAAGGCCCCUGCUUUCCACGCGGGGGGACCUCCUGGCUCCGUGGACCCUGCCAUGAGCGCUCUGGGCGAGCCCCCGAUCUUGGGCAUGAACAUGGAGCCUUACGGCUUCCACGCGCGCGGCCACUCGGAGUUGCACGCGGGGGGGCUGCAGGCGCAGCCGGUGCACGGAUUCUUUGGAGGCCAGCAGCCGCACCACGGCCACCCCGGAGGCCACCACCCCCACCAACAUCACCCCCACUUCGGGGGCAACUUCGGCGGCCCAGACCCAGGGGCCUCGUGCCUGCACGGGGGUCGCCUGCUCGGCUACGGCGGCGCUGGCGGCGGCCUGGGCAGUCAGCCGCCCUUCGCCGAGGGUUAUGAUCACAUGGCGGAGAGCCAGGGGCCGGAGAGCUUCGGCCCGCAGCGACCGGGAAACCUCCCGGACUUUCACAGUUCGGGCGCCUCGGGCCACGCCGUGCCUGCCCCAUGCUUGCCGCUGGACCAGAGCCCUAACCGAGCCGCCUCCUUCCACGGCCUGCCCGCCUCCAGCGGCUCCGAUUCCCACAGUCUGGAGCCCCGGAGGGUGGCGAACCAAGGAGCCGUCGACUCGCUGGAAUACAAUUACCCGGGUGAGGCGCCCUCGGGACAUUUCGACAUGUUUUCGCCCUCCGAUUCGGAGGGGCAGCUGCCUCAUUAUGCGGCAGGUCGCCAGGUUCCCGGCGGCUCUUUCCCGGGUGCCUCAGCCAUGCCCAGAGCUGCGGGCAUGGUGGGCUUGUCUAAAAUGCACGCCCAGCAGCAACAGCAGCAGCAGCAACAGCAGCAGCAGCAGCAGCAGCCGCAACCACACGGUGUGUUCUUCGAAAGGUUCGGAGGGGCCCGCAAGAUGCCCGUGGGCUUGGAGCCUGGGGUAGGCUCCAGGCACCCGUUAAUGCAGCCUCCCCAGCAGGCCCCACCGCCCCCUCAGCAGCAGCCCCCGCAGCCGCCGCCGCAGCCUCAGCAGCCCCAGCCCCAGCAGCAGCCACCGCCGCCCGGGCUUCUGGUCCGACAAAAUUCGUGCCCGCCUGCGCUCCCGCGGCCCCAGCAGGGCGAGGCGGGCACGCCCAGCGGCGGCCUGCAGGACGGGGGCCCCAUGUUGCCCAGCCAACACGCUCAGUUCGAAUACCCCAUCCACCGGCUGGAGAACCGGAGCAUGCACCCUUAUUCCGAGCCGGUGUUCAACAUGCAGCACCCCCCUCCGCAGCAGGCGCCCAACCAGCGGCUGCAGCAUUUCGACGCACCCCCCUACAUGAAUGUGGCCAAGAGGCCGCGCUUUGAUUUCCCCGGCAGCGCGGGAGUGGACCGCUGCGCUUCGUGGAACGGCAGCAUGCACAACGGCGCUCUGGACAACCACCUCUCGCCCUCUGCCUAUUCCGGCCUACCCGGCGAAUUCACGCCGCCGGUGCCGGACAGCUUCCCCUCGGGGCCACCCCUGCAGCAUCCGGCCCCGGACCACCAGUCCCUGCAGCAGCAGCAGCAGCAGCAACAGCAGCAGCAGCAGCAGCAGCAGCAACAGCAGCAGCAGCAGCGCCAGAACGCGGCCCUCAUGAUUAAGCAGAUGGCCUCGCGGAACCAGCAGCAGCGGCUGCGCCAACCCAACCUGGCCCAGCUAGGCCAUCCCGGGGACGUGGGCCAGGGCAGCCUGGUGCACGGCGGCCCGGUGGGAGGCUUGGCCCAGCCGAACUUUGAGCGCGAAAGCAGCGGCGUGGGCGCGGGGCGCCUGGGCACCUUCGAGCAGCAGGCGCCGCACUUGGCGCAGGAGAGCGCGUGGUUCCCGGGUCCGCACCCGCCGCCGGGUGACCUACUGCCCCGCAGGAUGGGCGGCUCGGGCCUGCCUGCUGACUGCGGCCCGCACGACCCCGGGCUGGCGCCGCCCCCUCCGCCCGGUGGCUCGGGGGUGCUGUUCCGGGGCCCUCUGCAGGAGCCGCUGAGGAUGCCCGGAGAGGGCCACGUGCCCGCGCUGCCCUCCCCCGGCCUGCAGUUCGGGGGCAGCCUGGCGGGCCUAGGUCAACUGCAGUCGCCGGGGGCUGGGGUAGGACUGCCUAGCGCUCCCUCCGAGCGCCGGCCCCCGCCGCCGGAUUUCACGGCGCCGGCACUCGGGGGCCAGCCUAGCUUCCCGUUCGGUGCGGCGAACCGACAGGCCACGCCGCACAGCGGCCCAGGCGUGAACUCGCCCCCAAGUGCGGGCGGGGGCGGCGGCAGCACGGGCAGCGGUGGCGGGGGCGCGUACCCGCCGCAACCUGAUUUCCAGCCCAGCCAGCGCACUUCGGCCAGUAAGCUGGGCGCGCUUUCGCUGGGCUCCUUCAACAAGCCAAGCUCCAAGGACAACCUGUUCGGCCAGAGCUGCCUGGCUGCGCUCUCCACCGCCUGCCAGAACAUGAUUGCCAGUCUCGGGGCCCCCAACCUCAACGUGACCUUCAACAAGAAGAACCCGCCCGAGGGCAAGAGGAAACUGAGCCAGAACGAGACCGAUGGCGCGACCGUGGCCGGCAACCCGGGCUCGGAUUACUUUCCCGGAGGGACUGCUCCUGGGGUCCCAGGGCCCGGAGUUCCGUCGGGGACCAGUAGCAGCGGCUCCAAAACCUCGGGGCCGCCCAACCCGCCCGCCCAGGGGGACAGCACCAGCCUCUCCCCCAACUAUACCCUGGAAUCAACGUCGGGGAACGACGGCAAGCCGGUCCCCGGGGGCGGCGGCCGGGGACGGGGUCGAAGAAAAAGGGACAGUGGUCAUGUGAGCCCCGGGACCUUCUUCGACAAGUACUCUGCAGCGCCGGACAGCGGGGGCGCACCCGGGGUGAGCCCAGGGCAGCAACAGGCACCAGGCUCAGCCGUCGGGGGAAGCUCUACCAGCGAGGCGCGCGGGGCUCCGACGCCUCACGAGAAAGCGCUCACGUCGCCGUCGUGGGGGAAGGGGGCCGAAUUGCUCCUGGGGGACCAGCCGGACCUCAUGGCUUCCCUGGACGGUGGGGCCAAAUCGGACAGUAGUUCCCCGCACGUGGGCGAGUUCGCCUCAGAUGAGGUGAGCACUAGCUACGCGAACGAGGACGAGGUGUCAUCCAGCUCCGACAACCCCCCGGCUCUGGCCAAAGCGAGUAGGAGCCCCCUGGUAACAGGCUCGCCCAAACUCCCCCCCAGGGGGGUGGGCGCAGGAGAACACGGACCGAAGGCACCCCCGCCCCCGCUGGGCCUGGGCAUCAUGUCUACCUCUACCUCGACCCCUGACAGCUAUGGCGGCGGCGGGGGCACUGGCCAUCCUGGCACACCUGGCCUGGAGCAGGUCCGGACCCCGACAAGCAGCAGCGGUGCACCACCACCCGAUGAGAUCCACCCCCUGGAGAUCCUCCAGGCACAGAUCCAGCUGCAGAGGCAGCAGUUCAGCAUCUCUGAGGACCAGCCCCUGGGGCUCAAGGGGGGCAAGAAGGGUGAGUGUGCCGUGGGGGCCUCAGGCGCGCAGAAUGGAGACAGCGAGCUGGGCAGCUGCUGCUCAGAGGCUGUCAAAAGCGCCAUGAGCACCAUCGACCUGGACUCGCUGAUGGCAGAGCACAGCGCCACCUGGUACAUGCCGGCUGACAAGACCUUGGUGGACGGCGCCGACGACGACAAGACGCUGGCGCCCUGGGAGAAGGCCAAACCCCAGAAUCCCAACAGCAAAGAAGCCCAUGACCUUCCUGCGAACAAGGCCUCGGCAGCCCCGCCUGGCAGCCACUUGCAGUGCCUGUCUGUCCACUGCACAGACGAUGUGGGUGAUGCCAAGGCCCGAGCCUCCGUGCCCACCUGGCGGUCCCUGCACUCUGAUAUUUCCAACAGAUUCGGGACAUUCGUGGCUGCCCUAACUUGAAUUGACAAGAAAUGCCCCCUCCCCCACCAGGCCCAUCCCUACCCCCCCUCUCUCUCCCUUUCCCCCCUCACCCUAUCCCUACUCCCACGGCACUCCCACCCCCAUAAUUUGAAAGGGCCACUAUUGCUGAUUGGAUGAAUUUUUUUUCUAGGUUGGUACCUGCGUAGUGGCAUAUGGACCGGAAAGGGUUAAUUUAAAGGGAAAAAAGAAAAAAACCUCAAAAAAUUUUUUUAAAAGAGAAACUCUGUCUGCCACAGUAUGUUACCAGUGUUAACCCUUCUGCAGUUAGCAGACUUUUGCUUAAGCCUUUUUCCUGCUAGAUAAUUCCCAUUUUUCUGUCAUCUUGGCAUACGUUUUUUAGAUGACCUCUUUCCUUGUUUUAUUUCCAUGCUGCUGUAUGUCCAAGUAUUGUUAUUUCAUAAUAAGACAAGAGUUGCUUUCCUUUUUUAUUCUCUUUUAUUCUUGUUCCUACCCGCCCCCCCCGCGCCUCCCCCCGCCGCCUCCUUCCCCCUUUUUUUUUUUCUUUUUGCUUUGUUCACUGCUUAUUAAAAUGGAAAUCCUGGAGAAGAGUAGUUCUGGAAUAUUGCCGGGUGAAAGUCAAAUUGUCAUCACAAUAUUAUAUAUUGACACCCAACUGUCAUCAGUCAGGCAGGAGCCAAACAAUGAAUGCCCCCCUUAGGUAUUCCGCCUGGGAUUUUGUUUUGUCUGUUCCCUAAGAAAAUAGAUUUUCGUUCUUACAAACACACGCUCAGCCUUCAGCUCCAUUCUCUCUUCUGCUGGAAGCUGCCCCUCUCUGCAAUGGAGGUGAUGACGUGGCCAGCCUGCUCUGUGGGAAGGAGUCAGAAUGUUUGACAGUGGUGUUUUCUCUCCUUUUCUGGGCCUCUCCACAGAUGCCCAGGCUCUGAAUUUUCACGCUAUGCUGAGCAGCACUGGUCUGCAUGGGGGAUGGUGGCCUUCCAGCUUGCAGAGUCUCUGGGGUUGGGGGCUCCAGGAUCUUGUUCUGCUCCAGCCAGGCUGGCUGGGUCUUGGGUGCUGGAAUUGGGGGCAGAUCAAUUCUUAGCCCUUGACCUUUCCCGACAGCUGUUUCCAGCCAGGCAUCCUGGGGAAGAAGGAAGGGCCUGUGUAUAUCUCCGCCAUGUCUCCCAAUGGAUCCCUACUCAUUUAUUUUACCAUCUCCAACCUGGGCAACCCCCCCUUCCCUGGGCUCAUGUAGUGAGGGAGCCCUCAGGCUCAGCUUGCCAACCCCCCCUCUAUGAGCCUGGGUGUAUUUCUUUGCUGGGUUUUGCAGACUUUCUAAGGGCCAGCGGGGGUAGAAAGGGAAUCCCUGGGCCUUGUCUUUUUAACCCCGGAAUUUUCCCCCCUUUGGAUUUAAUGUCACCUUUUGAAAAAUUAGAGCCACGUCCCAUGUGUCUCAUGAAGGGAUAACUUCUUUGAGAAGAGAUGAGAGGUGGCUGGGCGAGAGGGCUCCUGACCCCAGCAAGGACCGUUACCUGCUCCUCCCAGAGCGCAGGUCAUCAGAGGCCCAGGCUUGGCAGGAUCUGGUCCCUUUGGGUGUGAUGCCUACAAAGGGCUUGAAUGACUUACAGGGAAGGUAGGGGCCCCUGAGAUUCCAGGGUGGGUCAGACAGGAAGUGACUGAUAUCACUUCACCCAAAACGGCGACCCAUUAGUUUAUUUCAGUUUCCGUUAACGACCGUGUCUUCCUAAAUCCCUCAUUUGGAACCUUCCCCUCCAGGUCCCCAGCGUUUGUAGACCUGGCUUUUUUUAGCAAGUGACCUGAAGGCUUUGAGCUCACCAUACAACACCCACAUUGUUUAUUUCAAAGAACUUUUCAGCCAAGGGAGAAGAGCGUCCAGAAAAAUCUCGCUCUUUCCAUACCCCCCUCCUUCUUUCCUUCGGCCAGCCCUUCUGGCUUGGGUCUGAGUCUGGAUGGUCCGAGGUUCUUGCCUGGGCAAUCUGAGCAAGAGCCGACUUCGGCCCACAGAGGGGCAGGCCAAAGAAGGUGGUGGUGUGAAUUUGUCAGCGAGGAGGUGUGAACUGCCUCAGUUCCUGAGUUCUGCCACCAAAGGAGAGAAAAGGGGAGAGAUGGUCCCCGUCACGGGCUGGGCUGCCGGAGAAUCUGCCAUAGUCUGAGCAAAACUCUACGUCCCCUCUGCUUCCACAGUGUACAGCUGUUUGAGAGCUUCAUCAUUUUAUUUUUUUAAACAGGAAUGAUUUCUCCUUCAUUGCUUAAGGCUGGGGAGCCAAGCUUCUUGACUUCUGUCUUUGACGUUCCCUGCGUUGAGUCCAUCAGCACUUGGCCAUCAGCUCGUGGUCCUAGCAACCUUGGAAACCCCUGAAGUUGAAAACUUUUCUUGCUCCCCACGACCCCAGAAUGGAACAGCUUUAAAAAUAGCCUUAAGCAAAAGGAUGUUAUUUCAUUAAAUUUGGUUUAAUGGAAAGAAUAAAAGCAAAUUAAAAACACACCCAGCCCAUGAGACUCCAAACACUGGUAAUCAGUACCGCAUAGCAAACUCUUCGGCAAAGAAAAUGAAAACGUUAUUGCACAUGUAAAAUAUGAAAACUUAACUCUGCUGUGUGUUAGGCAAUCCUGUAAUCUUUUUUGACUCUUAAAGGAAAUUCAUUUCUGAAAUGCUUGGUUGGGAGACUGUGACAAUAGCUCAUGAAAUUGAGUGUUAUUUUUUUUCUUUCUUUUUUAAAAAAAAUAUGUAAAGUGCAGUCUUCUGUAUUCAUGCAUAUUGUAUAUACCUGUAUAUGUUUUCCUGAGCAGCUAAAUAACAAUAAAUAUGACGUUAAUGGUG